AUGUUGGAUGCACUAUACAUUCAUGGUAAAAUUAUUCCCAAAGGAUUUUGGUUUGAUGAAGUUAUGUACGGAACCUUACUCAAUGGUCUGUUUAAGAUGGGAAAAACAAGAGUUGCUAUUCAAAUGCUUGGACAAAUGGAGGGUCACUUUGUUAGGCCAAAUCUUGUAAUGUACAAUAUUGUUGUUGAUGGUUUGUGCAAAGAUGGACUGUUGAAUGAUGCACUGAAUUUGUAUUCUAAAAUGUUUCAUCAAGGAAUUUCCCCUGAUAUGGUCACUUACAGGAUGCUAUUGCAAGCCCAAGAUAUGUGCGACGUGAUGAUUAAAAGAGGUCAACAACCAGACAUUAUUACGUACACAAUUUUGAUGUGUGGAUAUUGUAGGAACAAUGAAGUUGAUAAGGCAAGAAACUUAUUUGAUAUCCCACCGGCAAGCUACCGCCGCCGUCGCAACUUGGAGCUUCGUAGCCACCGUCGCAACGUCGUUCCCCUCCAUCGUGCAGCCACACUUGAGCUUCGAACCACCGUCGCCGGCCUCGCCUCCUGCCUCCGUUGCACAGCCACUAUCCCGCCGGCGCCAACUCUGUUCCACCGCGUCAGCCCUUCGGUCGUUCCCUGUCCCCUUCUUGCUGCUGAUCCGCUCUGCUCUGUUUUUGCAUCUAGUUCUAGGGUUGGUGGCAUUGCUUACAGGGUUUUUUUCCUUUUAUGCUCUGUUCUGACUUCUGAAUGCCAAACAGGUUUUGCUUUCUCGGUAAUGAGCAAGUUUAUUAAGUGGGGUUUUCGGCCAAGUGUUGUAACUUGGACUACACUAAUGAAGGGGUUGUUUCUUAAUGGUAAAAUGUUGGAUGCACUAUACAUUCAUGGUAAAAUUAUUCCCAAAGGAUUUCGGUUUGAUGAAGUUAUGUACGGAACCUUACUCAAUGGUCUGUUUAAGACAGGAAAAACAAGAGUUGCUAUUCAAAUGCUUGGACAAAUGGAGGGUCACUUUGUUAGGCCAAAUCUUGUAAUGUACAAUAUUGUUGUUGAUGGUUUGUGCAAAGAUGGACUGUUGAAUGAUGCACUGAAUUUGUAUUCUAAAAUGCUUCAUCAAGGAAUUUCCCCUGAUAUGGUCACUUACAGUUCAUUAAUCUAUGGGAUGCUAUUGCAAGCCCAAGAUAUGUGCGACGUGAUGAUUAAAAGAGGUCAACAACCAGACAUUAUUACUUACACAAUUUUGAUGUGUGGAUAUUGUAGGAACAAUGAAGUUGAUAAGGCAAGAAACUUAUUUGAUAUGGUAAUUGAAAGGGGUGUUGUGCCUGAUGUUUGGAGUUAUAACAUCUUGAUUAAAGGUUAUUGCAAGAUCAAAAGAGUAGAUGAAGCCUUGAAUUUGAUGGAAGAUAAGAAUAUAGUUCCAAGCAUUGUAACGUACAAUUCUCUAGUUGAUGGCUUGUCCAAAGCCGGUAGAAUCUCGCGUGCAUGGGAGAUUGUUAAUGAAAUGCAUUAUUGUGGUCAACCAUCCCCUGAUGUAAACACUUACAAUAUAUUUUUAGAUUACUUAUGCAAAAACCAGCAUCUUGAUGAGGCAAUUAAAUUAUUUAAAAAACUCAUGUAUGAAAGAAGUUUUGUUCCAAAUGUUUGGAGUUACAAUAUCUUGAUCAGUGGUUAUUGCCAGAAUAAAAGAUUAGAUGAAGCCAAGAAUCUUUUCCAAGAUAUGCGUCUCAAGAAUUUGGAUCCAAAUAUUGUAACUUACAAUAUAUUGUUACAUGCUUUAUGCGACAGGCAGCAACUUGGCCAGGCAAUUACACUAUUAAACCAAAUUGUUGACGAUGAUUUCUGUCCUAAUUUGUACACAUACAAAAUACUUAUACAUGGUUUAUAG